GCCAACGUGCUGCGGGCGAUCGAUCCAUCGUUUCUUGCAGUGCAGUUUCAAAGAUUCGGGGAAGGAAGGAAGAAAGGCAAUGUCGGGCGAUAGUCGGAUACCACACAUGCAGCCCCGAGGCCAACGAGAAGCAGGACGGCAGGUGACGAGGAAAUUCGCCAUAAUCUCCGAGCAGGAGGAUUAGGAGGAGGAGAGAGAGAGAGAGAGAGAGAGAGAAAGAGAGAUGGAUGAUUAAUGAUGGGCCGGGCUCUGGUUCUGGAGUCGGGUCGGGUCGAGGCGAGCCCCAGAUAGAGGAGGAGGAGGAGGAGGCUGGAUCGAGGAUGUGAAUUCGAGAGGGAGGAGGAAGCGGAGACGGAGGAGUUGGAGUGUCGACGUGUAUCGCGUUGCAGCUCUCGGGUCGAGAGUUCGGUUCGGAUCUUCAGCCUGGGAAUUUCCGGAGGCUGGUUGAGGUCGACGGAUUGGAUUCGUCCGGAGUCAGGUGCUGCUGGCAGGCAGAUGGCAAACAGCAGGGUCGAGGGCAGGAUGCGGUGUUGGAAUUUCCCGCUAUUCGCUUGUGACUGCAGGUGAGCGAAGAUUUGAGGGAAGGAAGGGAGGAGAGGAGGUGGAGGUGAGAAGGGCGGAGUUGUGUCGGAGAGUGCGUGUUCGGUACAGGGUGCAUUUGGAGAAAAUACAAGAGAUCUGCACGAGUGACAGCGAAUCUCGAUGAUGUACUUGUAGUCGAAAGGAUAGCUGCGGACCUCAAGAUUAGGGCAGCUUUAAGGAAAGGGUUGGUGUUUGGACGCUCUACCUGAUUGUGCCUGCAUCCUCUCUUGUCGUCCCCUGUGCCGCUUCGGCUCGUUCGAGGUUGAUCACAUCCUCUCAGUUCGAUCCGGAAAACACCAAAAUACGUCGAAGCCUCCAACUUUUGCUCCCGUCCACUUUCCCGUGCAUUGAACUUCGCCAAAUUGGCUUAGGUUCAUAAGAGAAAGAUCGAUUCUCGUGCAAGCGAUAAGCUCGAGCUCUCUGGCGGUGGUUCUGUCUCUGUCUCUGCCGUUAGCCAUUGCACUGGGCGAGGGUUUGAUUUUAUUGUGGGGAGUUUGUGUAAGCUUCGGGCAACAUGGACUUGACAUCGAUACGGGAUGCGUUUGAUCGAGUAUCUAAGAAACAAAAGGUUUCUUACUCGAAGACACAAGAGGUUAUUGAGAAAGUGCAGCAGGAAAUUGAGAAGGUAGCAAAGUCACUCGUUGAGAUUCCAAAUGGGCCUGAGGCCGGUGAUCAGAAGCGUGCUCUUCUGGUCGAGCUGCAAACAAAACUGAGCGAAAUGGGACCAUCGACGCAAGUGGGCGCAUCGCAGAAGGAGGUGAACCUUGCCGUGAGCAAAUAUGGGAAGGUGGUAGAUAAAAUUUUCUGCACCGACAUCGCGAAUGCUUACAGGGACGUACAAUUCGACCACCAUGUUAUCAACCAGAUUGUGGCGCUCCACUUCUACCGUCAGGGUCUGUUUGAUCUCGGAGAUUGCUUUGUAAAGGAAGCACAUGAGGCAGAUGGAGCAGGUCUCAAGGCGCCCUUUUAUGAAAUGUACCAAAUACUGGAGCAAAUGAAGGCUAAAAACUUGCUGCCUGCCAUCAGUUGGGCUACAAGGCACCACGACGAACUCCAGAAAAAAGGGUCGUCUUUAGAAUUCAAGCUUCAUCAGCUGCAGUUUGUAAAUUGUCUGCAUCAAGGGGGCCGGAACGCUGCUCUACAGUACGCACGUAGUUCUUUCGUGCCGUUUGCCAGUAAUCACAUGACGGAUAUCCAGCGACUAAUGGGUUGUCUGUUGUGGGCUGAGCGAUUGCAGUCCUCCCCUUACGCUGAUAUGCUUGCUGCAACUCAUUGGGACUCCGUAGCCACAGAGUUCACUAGAGAAUGUUGCAGCCUUCUGGGACAAGCCUAUGAAAGCCCCUUGCACGUCACUAUUUCAGCUGGUGCCCAGGCUCUUCCAACUCUGGUGAAACUUGCAACCAUUAUGGCAAAUAAGAAGCAAGAAUGGCAGAAUAUGAAGCAGUUGCCCGUGGAGAUCGAAUUGAGCAAAGAAUUUCAGUUCCACUCCAUAUUCGCUUGUCCUGUCUCCAGGGAUCCGUCCACAGCUGAGAAUCCGCCCAUGCUUAUGCCAUGCGGUCAUGUUCUGUGCAAGCAGUCCAUUCAGAAACUGGCAAAGGGUAAUUUCCGAACUUUCAAGUGUCCAUAUUGCCCUUCUGAAACAACGGUGGCACAGUGUCGGCAAAUUUUCUUCUAGAAAUUGUUUGACUCAAUUUAUUCUAGCAUGGGGUUGGGCCUGUUCUAGCUUUCAGGGAUAGAUUGUCAUGACAUCAUGAAAGGUUGACUAUUCAAUAGGGUUAUUCUUGUGAAACAUGGUCGAUAGUACAUGUACAGCUUGUCUUGAUUUAGUCUGUCUUAUUCGUAGUCGUUUAAUACUUUUUCUUCCUUCUUCCUCCGUUUUCUCCCAAUCUUCUCCAGUUCUCAAGCUUUCUGCAAUAAUGCCUGGUCUAAGUUGCCCUCUGAAUAGAAGUCAACCAGGGACUGAGUUCUACUUCCUCCAGCUCAACACUGGGUGUUGCAGCAGGAGUUUAUUUCACGUAUGUCAUGCCGGUUUUCGUAUUGUACAAAAUGGGACGAAGCUAAGUCUUGACUGGACAUUGAUCUGGAGUCUCCCUGUGAAGGGUCGUACAUAAGAAGGCAUGCUAGGGAGGAUUCGCCCUUAAAAGUUGCAACGGAUCAACAUAAGUGUUAUAUAAUCUAGGGGAUCAGGGAGUUGAGGACUUGUGGGCACCGGUAGGUAUAUUGUACUGGUGCUCCACUUUCAGAUAGAGAGUCAGCUGCUUGAGAUGGAUUCCACCCUGAGCAGUUAUUCCAAACCGAAAGUUGGAAUCAGUUUCCAGGUCCCCUCGGAGACUGUCCUUCCGUGUCAUAGAUGGAUUUUUAAGUACUGUACAGAGAAAUUCCUGCAGAUUGUGGAUACAGUGGAGACCUCAUGG